UUUCGAUUGUUACAUUUCCAGUUGCGUUUACGUUUGUCUCUGUUUUGGAUGCGAGGGGACUGACACACAAGCAGCGCAGCAGAUGGAUCUGCUGUGAACGGAUGCGGCCUCGCUAACCCAGAGUCAAGAACCCAGUCCUGAGCCCACAUCGAACCCAAGUCCUGUUCAGCCUAGCAGUUUACAAUGAAUAGAACCAUUCAAGUGUCUGAUCUACCCACGGGUAUCUCAAAACGGAAUCUUGAAGAUAAACUCAUGAUUCAUUUUUUACGGUCCAAGAAUGGAGGAGGCGAGAUCACCGAUAUCCUGUUCCCAUCUGAAUCGCCAACGUCUGCUCUCAUUGUCUUUGAAGAGGCAGAAGUGGCUCAACGGGUUCUCCAAGUGGAAAAUCAUGUUCUUCUAAUUUCUGGGAAGCAUUACAAAUUAAAAGUAGAAUCAGCUUGUACUGAGAUCAAAGUUGAUCAGGUCAUCUGUCAUAUUUCUAUGACAAUAGAUUAUGGAAAACUUCUCAGUGGAAAAAGAUUAAUGAAAUACUUGCAGAAGAAAUAUAGUGAUGUCCAAUUUAGUUUUGAUCAGAAGGCAGAACAAUGCAACGUUGCUGGAAAAUUUUCUCAAAUACAGGAACUAAGUGGAGAAAUUCACCAUUUGCUCAGUUUAAAACCCAACCAAACCAACAGCAGCUCUUAUGAAGCUGAGCAACUCCAACACGAUCAAUCAGAAAACAGUGCUGUGGGUCAUUCAGACAGCAUCAGAAAAGCUGCUAGGAAAUUAAGCGUAGACUCUAGCGUCAAGGGGGAAGAAGAUUUGCGAACUAAAAAUGGUGUGCAAGGCUCUGAGAAUGACAAUGUUAAAAAAGACAUCAACUUUCAACGUGGCAGAGAGCAACAUAUGGGGAAUAUUGAAGAUUACAUUUUAUUGAUGGAUUCGGAUAUUUACAAGUAUAUUCAGAAAUUUUAUAAAGACAGCUAUGAAAAUAUUCUUUGUCAGUACCACGUUAAGGUGUUGGAUAUUACCAGUGAAGACAUCACCACCUUAAUUUUGCAAGAGACUUCUGACUGUUUGGACAGCAAGCUAUCAAUGCUGCAAGCACAUCAAGAACUUUCUAAACUCUACCAGAACUUUGAGGUUAGACUUCGUAAGGAACAGAUUUACAAGAAGGAUAUAACUUCAGAUAUGUCUCUCCUCCAGACCAUCUGUGCAAGCCUCCAGGUACAGUUCCCUAAAAUAAAUUUAAAUGAAAAUGAAAACUAUUUUUACUUAAUAGGCACGUCAGAUGACUGCUGUCUGGCUAAGAAGUACUUACAGGAUUGCAAGGAAGAAUUUGCAGCAAAAUCUCAAAAAGGAAAGCAUCCAGCUCCAAGGAGAGAUUCAGAAAGUGGUCAGGCUAGUAUCAGCAGUGUACCACCAUCUCUGCGGGAAUUCGACGGCAAUGAUGUGUUUGUGCAAGUGGGAGUCCCAAAGGCAGAUGCCAGAAAGGAUCACAAAUUGGCUCCAACCUUUGGUGAUCUAAGGGAAAACAUCAAUCCUUUGAAGACAGGGAGCAGAUCAGCUGAAGAUGACCUGACUCUGGUACCUGAGCAAACAUGUUCAACUGAUAAUUUACUGACAAGCCACAGCAUCGAGAUUAGUAAACAGGAUAACAAACAUCGCUCGAUUUCGGAAAUUCAGCAAAAACGGAGGCGCCGUAGUAGUGACAGUCAGAUAUUUACUUCAGCUGACAAAACCUUAACAAGUGCAACGGCGGAGUUUGUUUUACCUAAAAAAACAGGGGAAGACUCUCUUACCAAGAUGGUCAAAGACUUUUCAGUAUUAAAUGUUCAGUCCAAGGAUCUUAAGAGCCCUGACAAAGCAGGUGAUAACAUUCUGUUCAGGGGACACGAAAGCUCUUCCGUUGUUGGUACAAAUAAAGGCGACAAGUUUUUCCAGUACUCCAAAAGUAACAAAACCCAUGGUCCUAUCAAGCCAUAUCACUUUGAAACAUCAGCGGGUACGCUCUUUCAUCAGGGAGACCUGCAAGGCAACAUGCAGACACUCCAGUCUUUGACUACCAAAGGUUCAGAUGGUCAUUCAUUCAAACCAUUCUUGAGAAGAACCAGUAGCACUUCAGAAUUACUAAAACCAAAGCCUUCCAGAGACUUCAGCAACAACUUCCAGGGCAUGACCAAAAGCAAACCUGUCGAACAAGAGCACUUCACUGAAGAGUUUCCAGUGGAGUCAACUGUAUGGUCAUACCUGAAAGACAUCUAUGAUUCUUUUAUUAGAAACGUUAGUAGUAAAACUGAAGUUGUGGUGAAUGAGCAGACGCAGGGAGAUAUAACAAUUGUAAAACUUAGUGCAGUGAAUAAAGCAAAUACCACGGCUGCCAAGCAGGACAUUUUGUCAUUUUACACAUUGGUAAUGAAGAAUUUGGUUCAGCAGUUUCUUUCAUAUGCAGAUCUUGGAAUUGAGCACAGCAGUCAGAAAACAGUAGAUCAGUGGUACAGUAGUCUGAAAAAGAACUUUCCAAAAGUAAAAUUCAUUAAAGAACAGACAGGUUUCAAAAUUAUUGCCACAUAUGAACAUUGCAUGAAAGUUACAGAAACUUUUAAACCCAAGUUAAAAGAUACAUUCUCCGCGACAGAUGUUGUCUCCUUAGCAGCUUCUAAUCCAUACUCAUUCAUUGGUACAGAGCCAUUCAAAGAUACAGAGGGGAAGGUUCCCAGCAAAUUUACAGAAUAUUCUUCAUUAUUGGGUCAGAGUCCUCAUGGUAGUAGGACUCCAGUGCACCACAUGGAUGAGACCAGCCUGAGAAAAGGUGAAAAACUAGAGAAACAGCCUUCUUCAUUGGAGACAGAUCAAGAACUUAUUGAAAGUUUGGGUCACAGGAAGGUGGUGGGAAAUCCCAAAAAGAACUGUAAUUCCCAGCCAGGUGUUGAAGAAGAGGAGAGUCUGAAAAAGCAUUCAAUUGAGAACAAUGGCACUAGGUCAAAUUCAAGGCAGGAGCACAAUCCAUUUACAGAUCAGAAGAAAUCACCAAAGCCUUUUGAAGAAUACAGCAGUUUUCCAUUUCUUCAUGAUCAGGGGGAUUCUAAAAGUCAGAAGGUGAUCAAGCACAUUGGAGAGGGAGAGGGAAUCAAGGCAAAGAAGGCACUGCCUGAUAAGUUCCAGUUUACAGCCAACAAGCUGGUGAAGGAAAGUCAUUGGCACAACAGAGGAGAUGGCUUGCAUUGCAGUAAACUGGAGAGUGGCACACAGUCGUUACCAGUAUUUUCUUACACUAAUACAUCAGUGCUCCCACAAAAUAGAGAUGGAUCAAAUGCCUCUGAAACAGCUACAGAUUCAGGAGACCGAUUGCAAGAUGCAUCUACACAGCAGCAUGAUAACAGCAGUGUGACAACAUCACAGGAAUGGAACCUGUUGAGAAAUUCUCAGCAAAGUCAAAUCAGAAGUCCAGCCAUUGGACUGGAUGCGCAAGAACUAAACAAAUCAACCACAUCUUGCAGUGCCUGUAAGAAAGGUGGUUGCUUAGUAAAGUUGGACUGUGGUCACGAUUUGUGUAAGGAAUGUUCCAGAAUUCCUGAAUCAUCUUGUCCAGAAUGCCACCAAACCGCACAUUCAAUUAAAAAUGAAAACCAAUGUCUGGGGAACAUGGAGUCGGCACUUCUGCACAUUAGUUUACCUGGAUUUAUUAGAGACCUGACCUUGAAAAUAACCUAUUACAUUCCCGAUGGUAUUCAAAGGGAAUGUGAUCCAAACCCAGGACAACCUUUUAAAGGCGGUAUCUUUCAAGCCUUUUUGCCAGAUAAUGCUAACGGCAAAAAGAUCUUAAGGCUGUUAAGAGAAGCCUUUACUAGAGGCCUGACCUUCAAAAUAGUAUCUGGUCCCUCAGGAUUGGCUCGGGUGACAUGGAAUGAUAUCCCUCACAAAACAAAGACAAGUGGAGGAGUAUCUCAGCAAGGUUAUCCAGACUCAAGUUAUUUGAAGAACGUUUUGGCAGCUUUGGAGAGCCAUGGUAUUCAAUGAAAUCUGAACUACAAUGUCAAGUCAGUGGAAGAGCCUUAAAUGUACAUAUUUUACUGCAUGCUUAUUUCAAUUUUUUUUAAAAAGAAAAACCAAAAGGUUAAGAUAAACAAGAUAUCAAAGAAAGAGUCUCAACUGGUGUAGAGCCUGCAACAAGUAGUGUCUUUGCAUCAUGCUUUUCUUUUUGCCGAAAUUGUUCAGGAAUCUCAUAUGUUGGAUUCAAAAUUAGCUUCAAUGUCAAUCCCCGUCAAUUCCAGAUUGUAGCUUACACACUUGCAAUGAAAACAUUUUCGUUAUUACAUUACAAAUUAUUGUAAUUAAUUUUUCUUUCAAUACAGCAAUACUCCAUCAAUAGUCAUUGUAUGAUGUUAUGAAUCAAGAAUCUAACCAUGACCGUGAAACCAUUGUCAGAAAAAUUCAUGUUCUUUAGGGAUGGAAAUCUGCCAUCCUAAUCUCAUCUGGCCUACAGGCAUCUCCAGACCAAUAGAAAUCUGGUUGAUUCUUAAUUGUCCUGAGGGCAGCUAAGGAUGGGCAAUAAACGCUGGCCUAGCCAGUAAUGCCUUUAUUCAGUGAAAGAUUUUUUAAAAAUAUUUUAAAAUGCACAAAAAGGUACAAAUUAGAUAGAAAAUCUUGAUACACCAAGAGAAAUGUUUAAGCAAGCAGUCAAGCUGAUGAUACAAAUGACAUGAAAAACAAAAAAAAUUGUAACCAAAGAAUCAUUUUAAAAUACUGAAUCAUUUAAGUCAGAAUUUGCAAUCAGCAAAGCAAUGGUGUUUGCCUGUCAAGAUUAGUAAGCUGUGAAAUCCUCUAUUGUUGAUCAUUCAUCUGAAGGUGUCUCCGAUUUUGAGUACCUCCAGCACUGAUGUCUUAGAAACCAGAUAUAAAAGAAAUUAAAAAAAACUGAAAUGUGCAAUUGAGAAUUUUACAUUCCACAAAUAAAAUUAGCCUUUGCGGAGCCAAA